AUGGGCAACAAAACCUGGAGCCAGGGCAUGAGCUUGCCAUUGCCACUUCUCGCUGUCCUCAUGGUCAUUGCCGUGGUGGUGAGCGCCGGCGACGAGGUUGCGCUACUCGCUUUCAGAGCCAAGGUCGGUGACGGUGGUUCCCUUGCCUCCUGGAACAGCAGCGCCGACUUCUGCAGCUGGGAGGGCGUGACGUGCAGGCACGGGAGGCCCGCGCGGGUGGUGGAGCUGAGCUUGCCUGCCAUGGCCCUCACCGGAGCACUAUCCCCAGCCGUCGGGAACCUCACGUUCCUGCAGAAGCUCGACCUGAGCUCCAACGGGCUCCACGGGGAGAUUCCGGGGAGCCCCAGGCACUUACGCCACCUGCAGCACCUCGAUCUCUCUGAUAACCAGCUUGUGGGCUCGAUCUCACCGGAGCUCGGCAGCAUCCAGAGCAUGCAGAUACUCGGACUGUCCAGUAACAACCUCUCUGGUAUGCUUCCACUCGCUCUCUACAACUUAUCGUCACUGAAAAUAUUUGGGGUGGGAAGCAAUAUGUUGUACGGAAGCAUUCCAGCUGAUAUCGGCAACAAGUUGCCCACCAUGCAAGUUCUCGUUUUGGGUCCUAACCAGUUCACUGGAACCAUCCCUUCAUCAUUAUCCAAUCUAUCUGACCUCAUGAUGCUCAGCCUCAAUUAUAAUGGAUUUAGCGGGUAUGUGCCUCCCACUUUGGGGAGGCUCGGAGCUCUCCAAGAUCUGUACUUGACUGAAAAUAGGCUUGAGGCGAAUGACGAGGAGGGUUGGGAAUUCAUCACUUCUUUAGAAAACUGUAGCCAACUGCGACGUUUGAUACUCAGCAGCAACCCUUUCGGGGGACAACUACCAGGUUCAAUUGUGAACCUCUCAACUACUCUCCAGAACUUACGCUUAGAUGACACUAAGAUAUCUGGGAGUAUCCCUGCAGACAUCGGCAAUCUAGCUGGUCUGGAGGUACUAUUGAUAGUGAAUACUUCUAUGUCAGGAGUGAUCCCAGAGAGCAUUGGAAAGCUAAAAAACUUGAUUGACCUUGGCCUGUAUAGCAGUGGCUUGAGAGGCCUCAUACCACCAUCUGUAGGAAAUCUCACAAUGUUAACUAGGUUGCUUGCAUACUACAACAACCUGGAAGGACCAAUACCAGAAAGUCUCGGGAAACUGAAGAACCUAUUCCUUCUAGAUUUGUCCACAAAUUACCAACUGAAUGGUUCGAUACCCGUGGAAAUUUUUCAGCUGCCUUCACUUUCAUGGUACUUGAAUUUAUCAUACAAUUCUCUUUCUGGACCCCUCCCACCAGAAGCUGGUACCAUGACUAACCUCAACGAACUGAUCCUGUCAGGAAACCAGUUGACUGGCCAAAUACCUAGCAGUUUAGGAAAUUGCAUAGUUCUACAAAAGCUCUUAUUGGAUAAGAAUUUAUUUGAAGGAAGCAUACCCCAAUCUCUGGAAAAUAUAAAAGGGCUCAAUAUAUUGAAUCUUACCAUGAAUAAUUUGUCUGGUACGAUAUCCCUGACGCCAUUGGCAGCAUUCGAGCCCUACACGAACUGUACCUAG